AUGGCGACUCAGAAGAAAAUAGCAGUUCCGGUAUUUACAGAGGUCGACCGGGAUGUUUUUCUACAAAAGAUUUAUCCACAGCGUAAACCAGCCGUGCUGAGAGGCGUGUGUCUAGGUCCCUGUUUGGAGAAGUGGACCGUGGAGUAUCUUGCCCAGAAAGGAGGCGACAAGGAAGUGAAGAUCCAUGUUUCUAGAGUGCCUCAGAUGAACUUCCUUAAAAGAAACUUUGUGUACAGGACUCUUCCUUUCGAUGAGUUCGUGAGGAGGACAUCAGAGGAGAAACAUGCAGACUUCUUCUUGUGCGAGGAUGAGAGCUAUUACCUUCGGUCCCUGGGAGAAGAUGUCCGAAAGGAUCCCGCCAACUUGCGCAAACAGUUUCCCGAGCUAGCCGACGACUUCCACAUCCCCGACUUCUUCGAGCCAAGUAACUUCUUUUCCAGCGUGUUCCGCAUCAGUUCCCGCCAUCUGCAGCUGUGGACGCACUACGACGUGAUGGAUAACCUUCUGGCUCAGGUGACGGGGAGGAAGAGAGUGGUUCUCUUCAGCCCCCAGGAUGCAUUGCACCUCUACAUGACAGGUGACAAAUCAGAAGUCUUAGAAAUUGACUCGCCGGACGUGAACUUGUAUCCCGAGUUUGUGAAGGCCACGAGAUAUGAAUGCGUGCUGGAGCCUGGAGAUCUGCUCUUUAUUCCUGCCAUGUGGUUCCACAACACCCUGGCGCUCCAAUUCGGCGUGGGCGUCAACAUAUUCUGGCGCGAGUUACCCGCCGACAGCUACGACAAAAAGGACCCUUACGGCAACAAAGACCCAGUAGCCGCCGGCCGAGCCCUUCAAGCUCUAGAGAGAGCGUUGCAUUGUCUGGACGAACUGCCGCCCCAGUACCGAGACUUUUACGGACGCCGCAUGAUUCAGAGAAUCCGCGAACGGACAUUCUGCAACCGUACAAGUCCAACGGCGGCUUUGGAGUGA